AUUUUUAAUGUGCAAAGUAUCAUAUUAGUGGGAGAUAUAUAAGGGCGAAACUUUCGCUCUUAGGUAAAGAAGACAGUAGAUAAAGGAGUGGAGGCAUUGACUGGAUUCAUUUAUUUUUUUUAAUUCACUAUUUUCACAAACAGGGAAACUUUUUGACUUGUGUGUUACAGAGAGGAUUAUGGCUUUGGAAGAAAUUUGCAACUUCGUGAAAACUCCUUCAGAGUUCCCGUCUUUGUCUUUAGAAGGUACAGCUUCAUCUUUAUACCUGACUGAUUAUACAUUUCAGUUGACCAACAACAGCCUUUUGAACUUUGAAAUCCCGAAUUCUGCUUUACUUUUCUCGGAAAACCACCCAUCGUCCGUGUCCAGGCCCUUUCUUUUGACUCAUGGAACAACAACUCUUGGUUUCAUCUUCCAGGGUGGGGUCAUUGCGGCCGCAGACACACGAGCCAGUGCAGGGGGACUUGUAGCGUGCCCAUCCAGUCAUAAGGUUAUCCCCAUUCACUCCCACCUUGUGGUGACCUCCUCAGGUAGCAGUGCAGACUGCACACUGUGGAAGAGGAUACUGUACCGGGAGAUGAGACUCUACGAACUACGGAACAAAAGGCGUCUGUCAAUACGGGGCAGCGCAAAACUUUUAGCAUUUAUGCUGCAUCCCUUCAAAGGGACUGAUGUGUGUGUGGCCCUUACUCUCUGUGGCUGGGACAGGGCAGAUGACGACAGAGAAUACAGAGAGCAACCACAUGAUUCUUCCUCCUUUCUGGCCUGUGGUCAUAGCUCAUCAGCAACAGCUAGUGAUACUACAAUACGAUGUUCUGCAUCCCCUAACUGUGGCCCAAAGCUGAUAUUUGUGUGCAGUGACGGAACCCGAUUGCAGAACAACGUCAUUUCUGUCGGGUCAGGUUCUCCUUAUGCUUAUGGAAUUCUGGACGACGGUCUGAGCUGGAACUUGAGCAACAAAGAAGCAUUCUCUCUGGCCAGACAAGCAGUGUUCAGAGCCACUCACAGGGAUGCCUACUCUGGAAACAACGUGGACCUCUUCCAUAUCACGGCCGAGGGAUGGAAGCAAAGGGAGAGGGAGAACCUAAGAGAAGAAUAUUACAGAGACAUGGAGAGAAAAGCAAAGGAAGUGGAGGAGCGAAAAAAAGAGACACUAUUAAAAACUGCAACAUAAAACAUAGUGUAUUUGUAUACAGCGGAAUAAUUUAAAUUUAGAUUCUUCCUAAUUACUGUAUUUUUCUGUGGUACUAAUUCUAUUGUUCCCUACUACCAUACUUACUCCAAAACAUGUUUUUAUGUAUCUGUUAUUUCUGGUUUUUCCUCUUGUUAUGUAUUUAACGGACAUAAAAAGUGCUGCUGCGAUUUAACAAAUGUAUUUAAUCAAUUAUAAC